UUUAAUUGUGCCACAUGUGGUACGAAUGUGCCAUGACUGGCAACGCUGGUGACGAUAGGACACAAAUCCUCGAUGUAGUUACCAUUUCAUCAUAAUACGUAAUCUUUCCGGUUCCUCUUUUCUAUCCCAGCUUGCCUGUAGCACUGUACGCUUUGUGCUGUUGAGCGUGAUUCACGUUUCGUGUCGCAAGACUUAAAGAAUGCGUUACGUGGCCGCUUAUGUACUGGCUGUUCUUGGGGGCAAAGCCUCACCAAGCCAGAAUGAUAUUGAGAAGAUCUUGUCAUCGGUUGGGAUUGAAACCGAUUCUGAAAAACUGAAGAAAGUAAUUUCAGAAUUAAAUGGAAAAUCUAUUGACGAGUUGAUUACUAAAGGCAGGGAAAAAUUAUCAUCCAUGCCAGUUGGUGGAGCAGCUGCUGCAGGUGCUGCAGCUGCUGCUCCUGCCAAUGGUGCAGCUGCUCCAGUAGAAGAGAAGAAAGAGGAGAAGAAACCCGCCAAAGAAGAAUCAGAAUCGGAAGAUGAUGAUAUGGGCUUUGGCUUAUUUGACUAGAGGUUUUUUUAUCUUGAAAUUAAACAACUUUAUUUCAGGACAGAAUAUGCUAUGUUCAGCAGUAAUAAGUAAAAUUUAAUAAAUUUUUGCAUUGUAUAAAUUGUUAAAUUUGUACCAUUGCUGAGGAAUAAAGCGUAUUUAACUGAA